GUCAAGAUGGCGGACGAAGAAAACACACUAACUGUGAGGAUAAUUUACUUGCUAUGAAUUGGGAUUACAAUGGUAAACCGAAUAAAAUCUGCAAUGUCUCGGAGAUAACUAGCUGGGAUGUUUGUUGUUAGCAGUGUACUAUGUCUAGGAACGUUUUGCUGAGCAUUCUCCAGCUCUAUCUAGCUGAAAACAUAGCAGAUAGCUAACGACUAGCUUGCUAAUGCUAGCAAAGUCGUUACAGCAGUAACUGUUGACGUUACAGCUCUAAUUGGGUCAUGGCUAAAAUGUUUUUGUCAAAUAACGAAAGACAACAAAAGUUGGAAUGUUUUGCAUUUUAGCUAACCCUAACCCUAAUCUUAACUUAAUUAUCCUAACCUGCUACAGUAAUACGUUUGCUUAGCUAGCUAAUUAGCUAAACUCACGAAAUUAAUGUCCUAACGUUAUUUUUCGAAAUCAAGGGGUAUGGCUUUAUUCCAUACGUUGAAAUUAGUGUGCAUUCAAUUCAAAUAGUUCAAAGAUUUUUAUUGCGUUCUUAAUGACGCCCAAUAUAACUGGACGCCACAAGCAGAUGUGAAGUCGUCAUUAUUAGUCGGCGACACGUUGUUAUUGUUGUUGGACAGCAAACAUGGCGGAUGAAAGUGUUGCUGGAGCCAGCCUUCUUAAGGUAAUUUCGUUAAUGCAUUUGGUAAAUAAUGCUGUAGUAAAGUUGCAACAGAGCAUGCUGAGUCUACUUUCUAGUAGUCAGAAUAAUCUCACUCGAGAGAUACGCCUGAGCAGACAACGAUAUGACGUUGAACGACGGCACAAACACCGACAGUUUUGGCGUUUACGCGCUACAACCACAGUGUCUGUACUGACGAAAGAAGCAGCAGUCGAGGAUGCAACAUGCCUUCGAAGUGUGUGGAAGCGGGAUCGAAGACGCGGUGAAGCUUUUUGCAGUUGGAUGGUUUCGACGAUGUUCAAUGGCGCAAACACUUCCGCAUGACUUGGACCACAUUUGAGCACCUUGCACAGUUACUAGAGUCCAAGAUAACUAAACAGACCACCAAUGUCCGAAACACAAUUUAAUACCGUGAAAUGCUUGCUCUCUUUUUGUGGUGGUGUGCAACACCGAGCGAGUACCACAUUAUUUCAAGUUUAUUUGGAGUCGGCGUCUCUACUGUUUUCAUCAUUCUACGACAGGUUACCGCAGCUGUUGUGAAGACAAUGUACAACCGCAUUAUUUCGCUACCCGGUGGUGAAGGCACGGUAGACACCAUCUGUGGGUUUAAGCAGCUUGGGUAUCCACAAUGUGCAGGUGCCAUCUGCGAGACACAUCCCCAAAAUAUAAUCCAAAGGACUACUUGAACAGCAAAGGGCAGCAUUCUGUUGUUUUGCAGGCUGUUGCUGAUCACAACCUCUGGUAAGUGUUCUGCUGCUCAUCGAAUGUCUGUUUUGACAAACAGAGGCCAUGUUACCACUUGGUGAUAUAUAAGACAUGUUUUAACUGUUUAUUUUCUUUAUUUUUCUAGCUUCACUGAUGUCUAUGUGGGGUGUCCAGGUCGCACAGGGGAUGACAGAGUAUUGGCCAACUCUGAUCUUUUCAGACUGGCAGGGGGGCCAUCUUUUUCUCCAGGAGGUAUGUAAUUAAACAUCUAUGAUUUUGCUACAGUUAUAUAGAAUUUAAGCACAUUACUAUGGUUGCAAAGUUUUUAGUUAUGACCUAUUUACUGUAGGUGUACAAUUGUUUCUGAAUCUACAAUUAUUCCCUCUGUCACAGAAUUCAGCGAUUGUGAAUGGAGUAGAGAUACCAGUUCAUCUGGUAGGAGACCAAGCGUACCCACUGAAGAGGUGAUUAAUGACAGGCUUUACCCAGGACACAGCUCUGAAUAACCACCAGCAGAAGUUUAAUGACCACCUGAGUUCUGCCUGGGUGGCUAUUGAUGACGCCUUAGGACGCUUUAAUGGACGCUGGAGAUGUUUGGUGAAGUGCAUGAACAUUGACAUUAAGUUGACGACAGACAUUGUGACGGCGUGUUGCAUACUGCACAAUGUGUGCGAACUGAAGAAAGAAGAGUUUCGGCUGAAUGGAACAUUGGCCAAGAUCAGCUGAAGAAAGAAGAGUUUCUGCCUGAAUGGAACCGGAUCCUCAUUGGCCAGGAUCAUCAGCAGACAGAGGCUGAGCUCACAGAGCAAGACCAGAGUUUACUACAAGGGCCAGUGGAGGAAAGGGUUGCUAUCAUACGGGAUGCCAUUAUGACCUCUUUACAGGACACCAUCAUAACCGUACACUGAUGUUUGAGCUUUGUGGUGCAAGUUGUUUGUGAUUACGUAGUGUUAAAUACCGCAUUGCUCAUGUUGUGGCUAUGCCAACAAAUAACAUUUCGUAACGACGUUGUGAAUUUGCAGUGCAACACUUUUUCUUGAAUGCUAUUUACUUUUGCGCAGUAUGUUUUCAAGAUGUUCUUGAAUGCUAUGUUACACUUUGUAUUUUUAAGAGAUUUUUUUACGUAAACGUUAUGUUACAUUACUUUGUUUUAUGUGAAUGCUUUGUUCUUUGAAGAGACCCUCAAUAAAUGUGUUUUAUGAACAUGUGUAGAACAAAGUCAUCGCAAUGCAAUUUAGUCCAACCAAAUCAACACUCAAUUAAAUGAAUAACAUAUUCUAGCAGUAAUUUAAUAUUUGAAAACCACACAAAAAACCUAUUGGUGAUAGAAAAUGUAAAAAGAAACUUGGCAACAGCAAGCACAGACAAACCUUGCAUUUGAACAAAUACCAAACACAGUAUUUUGUAUUUAUUCCGGAUCCCCAUUGGCUGCAGCUACUCUUCCUGGGAUCCAAUCACAAUUACAUACAAUAAAUCAAUACAUAACACAACUCAUUAUUACACACUACUCUACCAUAACAUAUCUACAAUGCAAAAUCAAUAAUACAGCAAAAUCAACAGUAAAGUGAGUUAUAGGGGAAGCAAAAGCCCCACAACAAAAGGUGGUGAAAGAGGUAAUGAGUGUAUUAAAGUAAAGCUCCUACAUAAAAGGACAGGCAUGUCUCCGCUGGAGCCAUGUCAUGCCUAGUACAGGGCCUUCUAGCGGCAUCAAACUCCCUUAUAAGUGUUCUAGUCUACUUGGUGUGCCAACAAAAGAUGGCUGACUGUCACCAAAAGAGUCUGAUGGUCCAGGUGUAGUGUAUAAUGCAUCCCCAGAGGGGAAUGGUGAAUGAGGUGGCAGGAUGCAGGCCAGGAGUUGCUCCAAAAUGGAGACUCUCUCUCCCUGACCACAUCACAAUGUGUUGCCUCAUGGAUCUCCCUCUCAAAGUAACUGUUGGUCUUUUUCAGCUUCCAGUGGCCUCUGAGCUGAAGAAACGCCAGGCUCCAAAAGGUAAAUGUCUAAUUACACAACAGUGACUGUGUGAAUGAUUGUACUUCUUCUCUUCAAAAGACUACAGUUUUCCAUUGAAAUGUCACAUAGGCCUGUGUUUUAACAUGACAGUGGAGGGCAUUAGUUGCACAGGUAUGAUGCUAUAGGCCUAUUUAUUUGGGGGAAAUGGUUUGGCUAACUGAAAGCAUUUACUAAGGUCACCCUAGUCAAAAUUAGUCUCUCUAGAUAUCCAGGUUGCCUCCCACAAUUUUAAAACGCUCCGGCUUAACAGCGUCUGUACGUAAUAGAACGUCGGUUUGGCAUAGAGGAACAACGUCACUGCCUACCAGUGGAGGCUGCUGAAGGGAGGAUGGCUCAUUAUAAUGGCUGGAAUGGAGUCAUUGGAAUGGCAUCAAACACAUGGAAACCAUGUGUUUGAUGUCUUUGUUACCAUUCCAUUGACUCCAUUCCAGCCAUUUAUGAGCCGUCCUCCCCUCAGCAGCCUUCACUGCUGCCUAGUCACUACCUUAUCCGCUUGAAUAAAAUACAAAAUAGUAGCUAGCAAGAUGAAGAUCACAGAGGUUAUUUUUUAUGAGUGCAUUUCGCAAGUGGCUAGUUUGCAUUAACUACUUUAACUAAAACCACUGCAAAUGUUUUGCCUGCAAACUUUGAUUUCGAAACACGACAUUCUGGCAUGUCUGCUUUGUGAUUUUUUGGGAGAGUUGUCUGUCUGAAGAGGACCCACCCCGGAACAAAUUUUUCCCGUUAUCGUAGUUGCCAAAACAGUCCGUCCUCUAAACCCAACCCUCACUGUUGCAUAUGGACGAGACUUAAGUCAAAAUGCCAGAAUUAAUGCUCGCUGCAGUGUGUUACAGACUUUUAAACAAAUAUUUUAUGAGACUAUAGAGGGCACCCUUACCCUUUUUCCUAUGUUUAAGCUGACAAACUCACAACCAUAUUCCAAGACACAGUAAGAAUAUAUAGGUCAUUCGUAUAGAAUAGCUUGUAGAUAUUGUUUUCAUCCAUCCCACAGAAGUUGACCUUCAAUAUUUUUUUAAAGGCCAUGAUAUCACCCUUAGGCCGCUUCAUUCAUCACCCGCUGUAUUUUGUGUGCCAACUCUUAUUGUUGUGCAGCCCACUACAGAAGUCAUGUUAUUGAUACAAAGCAAUUGUAGGAGAAGCACCAACCCACAAUUCUUCCACUUGACCUCAAUUUCCGAAGAGGUGACAAGUUGAAGAGUGAACUUGAUCCGCUUCAGGGGUCUUUUGAUCUCGGCUUUUCUUCAAGCAUUCUGCUCCAACUUAUCCUCGUUGCUCAGCUGGAUUUUAAAAAAUAGUUAACAGAAUAAUACAAAUCUGUCUCCUCUCUCUACACAUUACAGAGAUCAUGCAUACAAUGAGAGCAUUUUUUUGGGGGGGAUGAAACCUUUUCGCUGGCUAUAUUUGGACGGUUCCAUGCUGGGUUCCUCUUCCUAUGGCUGCUACUCUCUUUAUUGUCCCGUAAAGACGUGUCACACACCAACUCCCCUCCCUCCUCAAAAUCUGCCCAGCUUUAGUAAGUGUGGACUUAGAGUGCCACAGGGCCGCAGCUGAAACCCAGAGACAAGAAUAUUAUUGCUGUCUCGGCAAGAGCCAAAGCGGAUUAAGCCCACAAAUAGGGCCACUCCAAAUCUGAUGCGGCAAAUAUGAGAGGGGGAAUGCAGUCUUCAUGCACUGCAGUCUACCACUCAGCGAACAGGGGAAAAAGGGAAGGCUCUCUCUGUGGGGUUAGAGUGGGGCUCCAGUCGGGGUUCUUGCUGUGAGACACUGGAGCUCCGACUUAAGGAUUGGUGAGAUAAAACAGAGGGGAGCUUUGGUGUAAAUCACAGUAUUUCCACAGGCACUAGCCUAAUAACAUGCAGGACCAGACCCUGUAGUGUGGUCUCAGUCAGCUUCAUUUCAUAUAGCCAGUAUCCUAUUGCUGCCUCACCGGUAGGUACAAGAUAAAAGGAUUACUGAAAUCAAAGAAGUCACUCUAUUUGGAAUUACAAUGGCCGCUUUCUUGAAUACAAUUGUGUUCUGCUAGAGGAAAGGUUUCCAGUACUGUUAUACAGCAGCACGGUUGGCAUGGCUAUCUUAGCUCACCAAAUAUAUCCCACUGUAUUGAUUUUCAUGUUCCCUUUGUCUGUCUGUCUGUCUGUAGUAUGUGCUCCUCAUUCCUGUCAGGAGCCCUGAGCUUGUUAAAGACAUGGUUGCCUGGGCAACAAGGAUCAUAUCUUAAUGGCAGAGGCAUAAUAAAACAACGUCAUGUUCUGUAGCUAACAAUUAGCAGUACUGUAACUAUUAUCUAACUUACUGAGGUAUUACGUCUGAGGAAUGUAGCCUGAAAGGUUUUUGUUGGAAAAUGUUGCAUCUGUGGUUGUCUUAUUAAAGACUGAUGCAGAUCACCGUAGUUUCAGGUAAUAGAAUGGCAAUAACUUUAAAGGAGAUAGUCUCUUCUUAUUUAUCAUUGAAAAUGCUAUAGAUAUUUCUUAAUUUAAUUGCAUUUCUUAUUGAUAUUUCUUGAUUUCUUUCUUUUUACUUUUUGGGAUUAUUGUGUAUUGUUUUGUAUCGCUAGGUAUUAUUACUGUACUGUUGGAGCUAGAAACACAAGCAUUUCACUGCACCUGCGAUAACAUCUGCAAAUCUGUGUAUGCGACCAAUCAACUUUGAUUUGAGAUAGUAUAACAUUACAUGGCAGCAUGACUCAACUCAUAUACAGUAAUGUCAGCUUCAGUUGUUCUGAGAGGUAAGAAUGAGACCGUUUUGCUGUACUCGAUGCAUUCAUUUCUGACCGCGUCGUGGAUUGUUCUAUUAAAUCUAUUCUUAUCAGCGCGGGUCAACAAGGGCCUAUAAUGAGAAAGGGUGGAGGGGUUUGUUUGGUAUCGGGCCAAUAUGCCGUCUCCUCAUCACCCCUGAAUGUCUACUCUGCCUCUCCUCCUCAGCUCCGGAACUUCCCAUUCUGGAGAGGAGGAACUGGCUCAUCCACCUGCACUACAUCCGCAAAGACUAUGAGACCUGCAAGGUAUGCCACCCCCCCCCCCCCGCUGUCUCUGCCGGUGGUCCGGUCCAGUCCCUGACUGUCAUUCAUUUCCCCCUUGUUUAAUGUGCAUUGGUGUUACACUGCCCUUUCUGUUAGCCUAGACAGCAUGCAGAUAAUGAAUGAAGGCAUCAAGGGCUCCCUCCCCCUCCCUUUGUCUUAAUGUCUUCUACUGAAAAGGGACUGCUGAGAAGAUAGUGAUGUAAUCAUCUGUUUCAAGCUGUGUUCCGUCUGUACAUUUGAAAAUGCUACUAGGGCAUGCUAUUUUCUCCUACCCUGCAUGCAUGGUUAAAUAAAUAUGAACCCACUACACAAUCUCCGAAGUACAGUUUUGUAACAACAGCUGUUAUAACCAAGAAUGUCGGGUUACUACAGGUAACUGCCAAAAUAAAGGAAACCCUUGAGUAAAUGAGGGAUACAAAGUAUAUUUAAAAAGCAGUUGCUUCCACCCAGGUGUGGUUUCUGAGUUAAUUAAGCAAUUAACAUCCCAUCAUGAUUAGGGUCAUGUAUAGAAAUGCUGGGCAGGCCAUUAUUUUGGCUACCAUGGCUAUGCCCCCAUAGGAUGACAAUGGCCCCAUCCACAGGGGCACGAGUGGUCACUGAAUGGUUUGAUGAGCAUGAAAACUAUGUAAACCAUAUGCCAUUGCCGUCUCAGUCACCAGAUCUCAACCCAAUUGAACACUUAUUGGAGAUUCUGAGGCGGCGCCUGAGACAGCGUUUUCCACCACCAUCAACAAAACACCAAAUUAUGGAAUUUCUUGUGGAAGAAUGGUGUCGCAUCCCUCCAAUAGAGUUCCAGACACUUCUAGAAUCUAUGCCAAGGUGUAUUGAAGCUGUUCUGGCUCAUGGUGGCCCAACACCCUAUUAAGACACUUUAAAAUAAAAUGUUUUACAUUCUUUUGCCAGUUACCUGUAUGUCCGUCUUAGUUGGCAUAGGAAUGCUUUAUCUGUCAAUCCCAAAACUGAGUGUAGCCAAUGUAUUAGUCUUCCCUGCCAGACUCAUGGCACUCCACCCCAGUAUGUUGGAGAUAUCGGCUGUGGGAAGAGACUACCAACUUAGGAAAUACAGUCCAUUUUCAGUUCUUGCAAUAUUCUUUCUUGCAAUAUUCUUGUAACAUCAGUUUGCUCCAGGAGCGGAGAUCAUGUUUGUUGUUUCCCCAAAGGCAAUGAUCAAAGACCAGCUACAGGAAACCCAGGGAAUGUGUGAAUAUGCCAUAUACGUACAAGGUAAGAAGCCAUACUACAUUACGUUCCACAUCCCUCAUCGUGUGUUCAUCACGUUCAAACGGUUUAUCCCAACCACAACAGAGCUCUAGUCUAUUCCACUCAAAACCAAGCUUUAGAUGCACAAUUUCCUCCCAACAAACAGGCUUCUACCCCCUACUGCGCCUUAGAUUUUAAUGUGUUGGUUUAACUCCUUUUCAUGCUAAUGUAAAAGCCUAUUUUCUUGCUAUGAAGCACUAAUCUUGCGUCUGGAGGGGCAGAUCCAGCCGUCCCUGGAGUUGUUCCAGAGCUGUGCCAUCCUCAAUCCCACCAGCUCCGACAACCUCAAACAAGUAGCCCGAUCGCUGUGAGUAGAGAGUACCCUGCCUGAGCACUGAGCCUGCCUGGGCUAGACACUGCUUUUGAUCAUAGCACUCAACAGGCAGGAACAGGUCAUACAGAAUAUAAUAAUGAUAUCAGAUUGUGUUGUGCAGGGUUCCUUACGAGAUCAAGGUAGUUUGUAUGGUAUUAGGGAUGGGAACUAUGUUUGGCAUCCGCCUUGGUGAUGCGCGUCUACCAUUUUGCGGCAGAAUACACACCGGGCAUUGGCUGAUUUAGGAGAUGUUGGAUUUAGGGUUACUCUGUGCUUGUACGUCCAUUUUUAUAGUUGUUUAUGUAUAUAUUUUUUCAGUUUUCUGCUUGGGAAACACAAGGCAGCCAUUGAGGUUUAUCAUGAAGCCGGGAAGCUCAAUGAGAAAGACUGGGUAAGAGAAAAGAUUGUGGUUUCCUCUCCUUAUUUUUGGCCUGUACCUGUAACCAUUGGCAACUUAAGAUUUAUCAAUCAGCAUUGCUCUUCCUGGAUUUACACACUGCUUUUCAGCUAUAGGGGUUAAGUGUGGAACAAUGAACUAUAUGCAUAUUCAGCCAUUUUUAUUUGUUUUGUAGCUCCAUAUAGCCACUCUGAUAUUUUUCUCACUCCAGGAGAUCAACCAUAAUCUGGGUGUAUGCUAUUCCUUCAUAAAAGACUUCCAAAAUGUGAGUAUGAGCUGGAUUUUGACACACUGUUCAUAAGGAAGUAAUUCGACUAAAUUGUUAUUUUAAUACACAUUUCUGAAUGAAAUGGCACCUCAGCCAUUGUUCAAGUAUUUGACGGUGGAUGAUAGAGUAGAGAUAUCUGUUGUUUUCCAGUCUGAAGAGCAGUUGAAUGCAGCCUUGCAGUUGAAAAAACACGACAGGACAUUCAUGACACUGGGAAAGGUCCACUUGUUGGCGGGAGACACGGACAAAGCCAUCGAAGUGUACAAGAGUGCAGUUGAGUAAGUUUGGAUGUAGAGACUGUUCUAAAACGUUUUAAACGUUUAAAAAACGGUUCUAAAAGUUGGGAAACUUUGCACUACUUCUAAUAUGCUCUAGAAAAUCUCCUAUGGGACAUUUGUUUAUUAUAGGAUUGUGAAUAGGUGACAUUUAGAGAGAACAUUCACUGUAAUUAAGUUUAAAAGAAGUUCAUCCUCAUGGAAGAAAAUGUAGGUUUGUUGAAAGGUUGCUUUGUUAUUAAAAACCUAAAUGUGUUCGUUUUUAAUACUAGAGGAACAACUUUCACUGAACUUCCAUUAUUUAAAAAACAUGCAGCACUAAAGCCUUCAUUAGUGAAUAGUUUUUUAAUAAUAGAGCAAUGAUAAUAUAGACGAGUUUUAGACAACCUUUUCACAGUAAUGAUUAUGCAGCAGAAGGGUAAUUUUCCCCUACAUAGCUAUUAAUGAUGAUGUUCAUUUAAGAUGGAAUAAAAGGUUAGUAGAAAAUCCCUUAAGACAAAAAAAAAACAUGCUGUGCUUUAAACAUUGGGAUCUGUUCCUGGUUGUGAUCACACUAGUUUAAAAAUGUCUGCUCUAAAAUGGUUGAUUUCAAUCAUCUAAACAACUGAAUCAGACUCACUUAUCAUCUCUGACUGAAGGCCACCCAUUUCCUUGUUCAACAUACUGUACAAGUCCAAAUCUCUGUUUCAGUAUCCUCACUAGCAUAUUACUUAGAACGAAGCAAUACAUUUGUGUGUGUGUGUAUCCAUACUGGCAAAUGGUAUUCUAGUAUGAGUAAGUGGUAUGUCAGUAUGGAUAUUAGUAUGGAUAUAGGAUCACAGCCCAAAUAUCCAUUAAAGAAUCGUCCUAUCCAGGGCAGCGGAGGAAAUAAGGUAAUGACAAAAGUCAGUGUAUAUAUGUGUCCCGCGUUGCCGUGCUCAUUAUUACUACUGCCUAUUGGGUAAAUGAAUUAAUCAAGUCGCCCAGCUACUCGGCUUGCUUUUAAUUAGACUUACCAUUGUGAACCUUGAUUCAACCUCAGCCUCUCGUCUCUCCUCCUCCCCUCACAAGGCUUUCUUUAUGUGUUUUCUUCCCCCCAGUCAUAAUUAAUACUCUGCAAUUAUGCUGAAUCGAACCCAUUAAAUAAUCAGCAAAUUACAAGAUCCGUUCUUCUAUUUGCAUGAGACUAAGUGUAGAUAGACAUUAUUAUGUGUAAUUACAUGCGUAGAGGUGAAAUUAGAGGUGUCUUUCCCUCUGUGUAGGUUCUCUCCAGAGAAUGCAGAGUUGCUGACCACUCUGGGGCUCCUGUAUCUGCAGGUGGGUCUGAAAUCAACUCUGAACACACUCUUAAGAGUGGAAUGUUUUUUUAUUAGGAAAUGGGUUAGUAUAUUAUGUUGUGUCCCCCAAAAAAAUUGAAUGACGUUUUUCCAGAAUGGUGAUAUUUGUUGUCACUGAUUGUUGGUAAUCUUCCACAGCUGGGAAAAUACCAAAAAGCAUUUGAACAUCUCGGGAAUGCACUUACUUACGACCCUAAUAACUAUAAGGUAAGUGGCCACCAUAUUAUGAGCUUGUUUCACUUUUUAUAAACACCUGAUACAUGUACUGCAACAUUGGGUCUGCUGUACUGUAUGUUUAUAAUGUGCAGUAGGGUUCCCCAACUGGCGGCCCGCAGGCCAAAUCUAUUUUAUUUGGCCACCCAAGUUUUCUGAGCAAAAAAAAUAAAUAAAAUAAAUAUAUACAGUGGGGAGAACAAGUAUUUGAUACACUGCCGAUUUUGCAGGUUUUCCUACUUACAAAGCAUGUACAGUGAGGGAAAAAAGUAUUUGAUCCCCUGCUGAUUUUGUACGUUUGCCCACUGACAAAGAAAUGAUCAGUCUAUAAUUUUAAUGGUAGGUUUAUUUGAACAGUAAGAGACAGAAGAACAACAAAAAAAUCCAGAAAAACAUGUCAAAAAUGUUAUAAAUUGAUUUGCAUUUUAAUGAGGGAAAUAAGUAUUUGACCCCCUCUCAAUCAGAAAGAUUUCUGGCUCCCAGGUGUCUUUUAUACAGGUAACGAGCUGAGAUUAGGAGCACACUCUUAAAGGGAGUGCUCCUAAUCUCAGUUUGUUACCUGUAUAAAAGACACCUGUCCACAGAAGCAAUCAAUCAAUCAGAUUCCAAACUCUCCACCAUGGCCAAGACCAAAGAGCUCUCCAAGAAUGACAGGGACAAGAUUGUAGACCUACACAAGGCUGGAAUGGGCUACAAGACCAUCGCCAAGCGGCUUGGUGAGAAGGUGACAACAGUUGGUGCGAUUAUUCGCAAAUGGAAGAAACACAAAAUAACUGUCAAUCUCCCUCGGCCUGGGGCUCCAUGCAAGAUCUCACCUCGUGGAGUUGCAACGAUCAUGAGAACGGUGAGGAUUCAGCCCAGAACUACACGGGAGGAUCUUGUCAAUGAUCUCAAGGCAGCUGGGACCAUAGUCACCAAGAAAACAAUUGGUAACACACUUCGCCGUGAAGGACUGAAAUCCUGCAGCACCCGCAAGGUCCCCCUGCUCAAUAAAGCACAUAUACAGGCCCGUCUGAAGUUUGCCAAUGAACAUCUGAAUGAUUCAGAGGAGAACUGGGUCAAAGUGUUGUGGUCAGAUGAGACCAAAAUCGAGCUCUUUGGCAUCAACUCAACUCGCCGUUUUUGGAGGAGGAGGAAUGCUGCUUAUGACCCCAAGAACACCAUCCCCACCGUCAAACAUGGAGGUGGAAACAUUAUGCUUUGGGGGUGUUUUUCUGCUAAGGGGACAGGACAACUUCACCGCAUCAAAGGGACGAUGGACGGGGCCAUGUACCGUCAAAUCUUGGUGAGAACCUACAGUGGGGAAAAAAAGUAUUUAGUCAGCCACCAAUUGUGCAAGUUCUCCCACUUAAAAAGAUGAGAGAGGCCUGUAAUUUUCAUCAUAGGUACACGUCAACUAUGACAGACAAAUUGAGAAAAGAAAUUCCAGAAAAUCACAUUGUAGGAUUUUUAAUGAAUUUAUUUGCAAAUUAUGGUGGAAAAUAAGUAUUUGGUCACCUACAAACAAGCAAGAUUUCUGGCUCUCACAGACCUGUAACUUCUUCUUUAAGAGGCUCCUCUGUCCUCCACUCGUUACCUGUAUUAAUGGCACCUGUUUGAACUUGUUAUCCGUAUAAAAGACACCUGUCCACAACCUCAAACAGUCACACUCCAAACUCCACUAUGGCCAAGACCAAAGAGCUGUCAAAGGACACCAGAAACAAAAUUGUAGACCUGCACCAGGCUGGGAAGACUGAAUCUGCAAUAGGUAAGCAGCUUGGUUUGAAGAAAUCAACUGUGGGAGCAAUUAUUAGGAAAUGGAAGACAUACAAGACAACUGAUAAUCUCCCUCGAUCUGGGGCUCCACGCAAGAGCUCACCCUGUGGGGUCAAAAUGAUCACAAGAACGGUGAGCAAAAAUCCCAGAACCACAUGGGGGGACCUAGUGAAUGACCUGCAGAGAGCUGGGACCAAAGUAACAAAGCCUACCAUCAGUAACACACUACGCCGCCAGGGACUCAAAUCCUGCAGUCCCCCUGCUUAAGCCAGUACAUGUCCAGGCCCGUCUGAAGUUUGCUAGAGUGCAUUUGGAUGAUCCAGAAGAGGAUUGGGAGAAUGUCAUAUGGUCAGAUGAAACCAAAAUAGAACUUUUUGGUAAAAACUCAACUCGUCGUGUUUGGAGGACAAAGAAUGCUGAGUUGCAUCCAAAGAACACCAUACCUACUGUGAAGCAUGGGGGUGGAAACAUCAUGCUUUGGGGCUGUUUUUCUGCAAAGGGACCAGGAUGACUGAUCCAUGUAAAGGAAAGAAUGAAUGGGGCCAUGUAUCGUGAGAUUGAGUGAAAACCUCCUUCCAUCAGCAAGGGCAUUGAAGAUGAAACGUGGCUGGGUCUUUCAGCAUGACAAUGAUCCCAAACACACCGCCCGGGCAACGAAGGAGUGGCUUCGUAAGAAGCAUUUCAAGGUCCUGGAGUGGCCUAGCCAGUCUCCAGAUCUCAACCCCAUAGAAAAUCUUUGGAGGGAGUUGAAAGUCUGUGUUGCCCAGCGACAGCCCCAAAACAUCACUGCUCUAGAGGAGAUCUGCAUGGAGGAAUGGGCCAAAAUACCAGCAACAGUGUGUGAAAACCUUGUGAAGACUUACAGAAAACGUUUGACCUGUGUCAUUGCCAACAAAGGGUAUAUAACAAAGUAUUGAGAAACUUUUGUUAUUGACCAAAUACUUAUUUUCCACCAUAACUUGCAAAUAAAUUCAUUAAAAAUCCUACAAUGUGAUUUUCUGGAUUUUUUUCCCUCAUUUUGUCUGUCAUAGUUGACGUGUACCUAUGAUGAAAAUUACAGGCCUCUCUCAUCUUUUUAAGUGGGAGAACUUGCACAAUUGGUGGCUGACUAAAUACUUUUUUUCCCCACUGUACCUUCCCUCAGCCAGGGCAUUGAAAAUGGGUCGUGGAUGGGUAUUCCAGCAUGACAAUGACCCAAAACAAAUGGCCAAGGCAACAAAGGAGUGGCUCAAGAAGAAGCACAUUAAGGUCCUGGAGUGGCCUAGCCAGUCUCCAGACCUUAAUCCCAUAGAAAAUCUGUGGAGGGAGCUGAAGUUUUGAGUUGCCAAACGUCAGCCUCGAAACCUUAAUGACUUGGAGAAGAUCUGCAAAGAGGAGUGGGACAAAAUCCCUCCUGAGAUGUGUGAAAACCUGGUGGCCAACUACAAGAAACGUCUGACCUCUGUGAUUGCCAACAAGGGUUUUGCCACCAAGUACUAUAAAUCAUGUUUUGCAGAGGUGUCAAAUACUUAUUUCCCUCAUUAAAAUGCAAAUCAAUUUAUAACAUUUUUGACAUGCGUUUUUCUGGAUUUUUCUGUUGUGAUUCUGUCUCUCACUGUUCAAAUAAACCUACCAUUAAAAUUAUAGACUGAUCAUGUCUUUGUCAGUGGGCAAACGUACAAAACCAGCAGGGGAUCAAAUACUUUUUUCCCUCACUGUAGAGGUCUGUAAUUUUUAUCAUAGGUACACUUCAACUGUGAGAGACAGAAUCUAAAACAAAAAUCCAGAAAAUCACAUUGUAUGAGUUUUAAGUAAUUCAUUUGCAUUUUAUUGCAUGACAUAAGUAUUUGAUCACCUACCAACCAGUAAGAAUUCUGGCUCUCACAGACCUGUUAGUUUUUCUUUAAGAAGCCCUCCUGUUCUCCACUCAUUACCUGUAUUAACUGCACCUGUUUGAACUCGUUACCUGUAUAAAAGACACCUGUCCACACACUCAAUCAAACAGACUCCAACCUCUCCACAAUGGCCAAGACCAGAGAGCUGUGUAAGGACAUCAGUUCAUGAUAGACCUGCACAAGGCUGGGAUGGGCUACAGGACAAUAGGCAAGCAGCUUGGUGAGAAGGCAACAACUGUUAGAAAUUAGAAUUUAUUAGAAAAUGGAAGAAGUUCAAGAUGACAGUCAAUCACCCUCAGUCUGGGGCUCCAUGCAAGAUCUCACCUUGUGGGGCAUCAAUGAUCAUGAGGAAGGUGAGGGAUCAGCCCAGAACUACACGGCAGGACCUGGUCAAUGACCUGAAGAGAGCUGGGACCACAGUCUCAAAGAAAACCAUUAGUAACACACUACGCCGUCAUGGAUUAAAAUCCUGCAGUGCACGCAAGGUACCCCUGCUCAAGCCAGCGCAUGUCCAGGCCCGUCUGAAGUUUGCCAAUGACCAUCUGGAUGAUCCAGAGGAGGAAUGGGAGAAGGUCAUGUAGUCUGAUGAGACAAAAAUAUAGCUUUUUGGUCUAAACUCCACUCGCAGUGUUUGGAGGAAGAAGAAGGAUGAGUACAACCCCAAGAACACCAUCCCAACCGUGAAGCAUGGAGGUGGAAACAUCAUUCUUUGGGGAUGCUUUUCUGCAAAGGGGACAGGAUGACUGCACCUUAUUGAGGGGAGGAUGGAUGGGGCCAUGUAUCGCAAGAUCUUGGCCAACAACCUCCUUCCCUCAGUAAGAGCAUUGAAGAUGGGUUGUGGCUGGGUCUUCCAGCAUGACAACGACCCAAAACACACAGCCAGGGCAACUAAGGAGUGGCUCCGUAAGAAGCAUCUCAAGGUCCUGGAGUGGCCUAGCCAGUCUCCAGACCUGAACCCAAUAGAAAGUCUUUGGAGGGAGCUGAAAGUCUGUAUUGCCCACCGACAGCCCCGAAACCUGAAGGAUCUGGAGAAGGUCUGUAUGGAGGAGUGGGCCAAAAUCCCUGCUGCAGUGUGUGCAAACCUGGUCAAGACCUACAGGAAACGUAUGAUCUCUGUAAUUGCAAACAAAGGUUUCUGUACCAAAUAUUAAGUUCUGCUUUUCUGAUGUAUCAAAUACUUAUGUCAUGCAAUAAAAUGCAAAUUAAUUACUUAAAAAUCAUACAAUGUGAUUUUCUGGAUUUUUGUUUUAGAUUCGAUUUCUCACAGUUGAAGUGUACCUAUGAUAAAAAAAUUACAGACCUCUACAUGCUUUGUAAGUAGGAAAACCUGCAAAAUCGGCAGUGUAUCAAAUACUUGUUCUCCCCACUGUAUAUACACUACCGUUCAAAAGUUUGGGGUCACUUAGAAAUGUCCUUGUUUUCGAAAGAAAAGCAAUUUUUGUGUCCAUUAAAAGAACAUCAAAUUGAUCAGAAAUACAGUGUAGACAUUGUUAAUGUUGUAAAUGGCUAUUGUAGCUGGAAACGGCUGAUUUUUAAUGGAAUAUAUACAUAGGCGUACAGAGGCCCAUUAUCAGCAACCAUCAGUCCUGUGUUCCAAUGGCAUGUUGUGUUUGCUAAUCCAAGUUUAUCAUUUUAAAAGGCUAAUUGAUCAUUAGAAAACCAUUUUGCAAUUAUGUUAGCACAGCUGAAAAUUGUUGUGCUGAUUAAAGCAGCAAUAAAACUGGCCUUCUUGAGACUAGUUGAGUAUCUGGAGCAUCAGCAAUUGUGGGUUCGAUUACAGGAUCAAAAUGGCCAGAAACAAAUAACUUUCUUCUGAAACUCAUCAGUCUAUUCUUGUUCUGAGAAAUGAAGGCUAUUCCAUGUAAGAAAAGAAACUGAAGAUCUCGUACAACGCUGUGUACUACUCCCUUCACAGAACAGCCCAAACUGGCUCUAACCAGAAUAUAAAAGAGGAGUGGGAGGCCCUGGUGCACAACUGAGCAAGAGGACAAAUACAUUAGAGUGUCUAGUUUGAGAAACAGUACCCGGUACUAUUUCAUGAAGCUGCCAGUUGAGGAGUCUGUUUCUCAAACUUAUAUAUUUAUUUUAUUUUAUUGUUGGACAUAAAAGACUAAAAACACCAGAAAAUCAGCUCCAAGUGAUUUUAAUUUUGGAAAUAUGUUCCAAAGUAUUUCCAAGCAUAAUAGAGAGAUAUAUGUGAUUGUAUACAAAUGUAAGCAAGGUUUGAAAUUAUUAUGUUUUAGUCAGAUAUUAUAUCUGUUUGAGCUUCUUGCGGUCAAUUUGCAGUCUACAAAUUAUUUGUAAUUAUGUUCCGGCUCCCUGACUAUCCACUCAAGAAGAAAUGGGCCUGCAGCUGAAUCUAGUUGAUGAUCCCUGCGUCUGAAUCUAGUUGAUGAUCCCUGCGUCUGAAUCUAGUUGAUGAUCCCUGCGUCUGAAUCUAGUUGAUGAUCCCUGCGGCUGAAUCUAGUUGAUGAUCCCUGCGUCUGAAUCUAGUUGAUGAUCCCUGAUGUACAGUAUGUCAGUUAUGUGUAUGCGUCCCUGCUAGGCCAUCCUGGCAGCAGGCAGUAUGAUGCAGACCCAUGGGGACUUUGAUGUGGCCAUGAACAAGUACCGCGUGGCAGCACGCAUGGUCCCCGAGAGCCCCCCGCUCUGGAACAACAUCGGCAUGUGCUUCUUCGGCAAGAAGAAAUAUGUAGCAGUGAGUAUUCUCACAUUUCACAUACUGUACAUAUAAGACGGCGUCAAGGACCGAUGUAUGUCAUUUGACAGAUUGUCAUAUAUUUCCAUGGCAUCAAAGGGGGCAUACUAAGACUACAGUACACACCUCAAAUGCCAUUUUUAGGACAGUUGUUGUUUUGUUGUCUAGCCAUGUUAAACCCCUCUCCGUUCCGGUUUCCUUUCUGUGUGAACCAGGCCAUCAGCUGUCUGAAGCGGGCCCACUACCUGUCUCCGUUUGACUGGAAGGUGCUGUACAACCUGGGCCUGGUGCACCUCACCAUGCAGCAGUAUGCCUCUGCCUUCCUCUUCCUCAGCGCUGCCACCAACCUGCAGCCCCGCCUGGGAGAACUCUACAUGGGGCUAGCCUGGCCUGGGAGAACUCUACAUGCUAAGCAGUAAGGCUAGCCCCGCUGAGAACUCUAAUGCUGCUAGCAGGAACCUAGCCCCGCCUGGGAGAACUCUACGCUACUAGAUGUAACGUACCUGCGCUGGGAACUCUACAGCUAUAGCAGUAACGCUGCCCGCCUGGGGAACUCUACAUGCACUAGCAGUAACGCUAGCCUGGCCUGGAGAACUCUAAUGCUACUAGCAGGUACGCUAGCCCCGCUGGGAGAACUCUACAUGCUACCUGCAGGUAAGCUAGCCUGGUCUGAGAAUUACUGCUGACUAGCAGGUAACACUAGCUGGCCUGGGAGAACUCUACAUGUACUAGCAGGUCGCUAGCUGAGCCUGGGAGAACUUGAAUGUGUAGCAGGUAACAUAGCCGGCUGGGAGAAUUACAUGUCCGCAGAGGUAACCGCAGCCCUGGCCUGGGAGAACUCUACAUGCUACUAGCAGUAGCUUAGCUGGCGAGAAGAGAAUCUACAUGCUACGCAGGUCAUGCUACCUGGCUGGGAGAAUCACUAUAGCAUGGUACACUAGCCUGGCUGGAAGACUCUACAUGUACUAGCAGUUUGAACACUAGCCCCGCCUGGGAACAUAAUCUACAUGCAGGUACAUAGCCCCGCUGGGAGAAUACUAAUGUACUAGCAGUAACGACACCUGCUGGGAGAACUCCAAUUAUAGCAGGUAACGCUCUGUGCCGGGGAGAUUAAUGCUACUAGCAGGUUAAAAUAGCCGGCCUGGAGAACUCACUGCUCCUAGCAGUUACGCUAGCUGGCUGGGAACUCUACGCUACUAGCAGGUCAUGUAGCCUGGCCUGGGGAACUCUACUGCUGCUUAGCAGGUCAUGCUAGCCUGGCCUGGGCAACUCACAUGUACUAGCAGGUAACACUAGCCUGGCUGGGAGAACUCUACAUUGCUACUAGCAGUAACCUAGCCCCGCCUGGGAGAACUCUACAUGCUACUAGCAGGUAACACUAGCCUGGCCUGGGAGAACUCUACAUGCUACUAGCAGGUAACGCUAGCCUGGCCUGGGAGAACUCUACAUGCUACUAGCAGGUAACGCUAGCCUGGCCUGGGAGAACUCUACAUGCUACUAGCAGGUAACGCUAGCCUGGCCUGGGAGAACUCUACAUGCUACUAGCAGGUACAUGCUAGCCUGGCCUGGGAGAACUCUACAUGCUACUAGCAGGUAACGCUAGCCUGGCCUGGGAGAACUCUACAUGCUACUAGCAGGUACAUGCUAGCCUGGCCUGGCCUGCUCCCAUCUGGAUUGGCUUUAUGUGCCACUUCCACCUUACAUACUUGGUUCAAGGUAUCACAUCGGCAUUCCCUUAUAUUUACGCUAGAAUAAUGUUCAUGUAAUGGGAUCUGUUUAUAUUCAUGUGUUUAUGGAUGUUUACAGGUUUAUAUUUUUUGUAUAGGUUUAGUUGUUGUAGUUACCACUGAACUGACCACUCUCCUCUUUCAGUUGCACUGACCAAUCUGGAGGACGUGGACAAUGCCAGGAGAUCCUAUGAACAAGCUGUGGCUUUAGACCAGUAAGUUGCUCCCAAUCGAACUUCCAUUCAGUUUGAACUUAUGUCCUGAGUCAAUCUACGAAGUUCAAGUUGUGUUUGAAUUAAAUUAAUUUAAAAUGAGACUCAGAGAUAUGACAUCGCCACGAGCAGCACUGCAGAUGUUGCUUAUACACUGAGUGUACAAAACAUUAAGAACACCUGCUCUUUCCAUGACUAACCAGGUGAAAGCUAUGAUCCCUUAUUGAUGUCACCUGUUAAAUCCACUUCAAUCAGUUUAGAUGAAGGGGAGGAGACAGGUUAAAGAAUGAUUUUUAAGCCUUGAUACAAUUGCAACCUGAUAUUAGGAAGGUGUUCUUAAUGUUUCGUACACUCAGUGUAGGUGCGAUGCAAGAUGAUGUGCUCAUAUACAGAGUAUCACAGACACAGGAGGUUGGUGGGACCUUAAUUGGGGAGAACAGGCUGGUGGUAAUGACUGGAGCGGAAUAGGUGGAACGGUAUCAAAUACAUCAAUCACAUGGUUUCCAGGUGUUUAAUGCCAUUCCAUUUGCGCCGUUCCAGCCAUUAUUAUAAGCUGUUCUCCCUUCAGCAGCCUCCUGUGACCACAGAGUACCUCUCGCUUUAAUGCUCUUAGUUGUUGCAGACAUCAACCCAAUAGUGCUGUUUACUUCAUACAUCGCUGACUCUACCUUUGAUUACUGAUCUACCUAUCUAUGACUUAUCGAGUCGAUCUGUUUCCACCGGCUCCUUGUUCCUCCCAGGUCCAACCCUCUGGUCAACCUGAACUUUGCCAUUCUGCUCUACAACCACGGGGACAAGAACGGAGCCCUGCAACAGUACCAGGAGUUGGAAAGGAAAGUGAACAUACUGAAGGACAGCAACACUGAGUUUGACCCUGAGGUACAAUCCAGUAGCUUCCUCUAUACUCUACAUACAAUGUAGGUCAAACACAGGAUGUUGGUGGCACCUUAAUUGGGGAGAACAGGCUCAUGGUAUUGACUGGAGUGGAAUGGUAUGAAAUACAUGAAACACAUGAUUUGAUGCCAUUCCAUUUGCUCCGCUCCGGCCAUUUAUUAUGAGCCGUUCUCCCCUCAGCAGCCUCUUGUGAGGUCAAACUACUGAUGGAAGAGACAAACGUUUGCCAAUGUUGCAUUAACGUGACGUUGAUGUUAAUAUGAUGAAUGUAAUGUAAUACAGUAUGGUCAGUAUAUUGUUCCACAUUCUUGCACCGGCUUAAUAACAUCGCAAAAAAAAUGGCCUCUUCAAUUUCUUGACGUUUCCUAAUACCGCCAUUUUGUUUCCAUAGCUGAUGGACAUGGCUCAGAAGAUGGCCGCUGCCUUGCAGGUGGGAGAGAGCCUGGAGUGGACCAAGCCGGUCAAAGACCCCAAGUCUAAGCAGCGCUCGGCGGGGGCCACAAGUAAAGCCCCUGGCAGCUCCCAGCAGCCCCUAGGCACCAACCAGGCCCUGGAGCAGGCCAUGUCCUCCGCCGCAGGCUACAACAAGAGCAUCACACUCCCCACAGGUAACACAUCACACCAUCCUUAUAUAUUUUUAUGCAUUUUACGUGAUAGUUGGGUAAACGCUCGCUUAAAAUAAAAAAGGCGUUUACCCUCCAUUACACUACUGGUAAUUAGCUCGGUUAUAUGGAUGAGACAGAGAGACGUGUCAAGUUAACAUAAUAAUAUGAUCUUGUCAGUAGACUGUUAACUUGACUCACGUCUCUCAGAGAGCUCCUUGCGAAGUGUAACACCAAUAGAAAAUUAACUCAUUACAGAACACUGCGUAUACUUAGUAAAAUUCAGUUUCUAACACCUGUCUCUCAGGAGUGUCCCCCCACAGCCAGCCCAAGCCCCCCUCCCUGCCCUUGGAGGAGGAGCCUGAUGUGGAGACCACCCCCACCUCGCCUGACGACCCCUCCCGAGCCCCCCAGCCAGAGGAGUCAGACCCCUCCACCACCCUGCCCCCUCUGGCAGCCAAGCCCAAAGUCAAGAAGAGCAAGUUGAAGCAAGAGCUGAACUAAACUAGUCCCCAGGCCUGUAGUGUAU